CACUGUAGCUACCCACGGACUGGCCUUAUUGCUGCGCGCCAUUCCUGCGACAUGGCUUGGCUGCCAACCUGCAGGAAUUGAUGCUCUACAAUGCGAUUUCCGAUAUGGAAACACUGCAAAUCUUGUUGAACGAGUCUCAAUCGCUCCGCGUCCUGGUUCUGGUUGGCCGACCGCAACAACCAGGCUUUUAUGGAACUUAUAGAGCACCGGAGAUUGGGGGCGCUUUGGCAAAAAUAAAGCGGCUGAACCAAUUACGAAGUCUGACACUUCAUGGUAUCAGUGGUUUUCAUUCCGCGGAAUGGCCAACAAUACUUGAAGGUUUGAGCCAGCAUCGGCAACACCUCUCCCCCAUCGGGGUCACGAACAUCCUGGAUGCACUGCCAAGACUGGAACACCUCGAGCUCUUCAGCGUCUGCAAAAUGCCAACCCAUCUAGACCUGGGUUCCUUCCGGAUCACAGACCCAAUGCUGCGACAGCGACAAGAGGCGGAAGACAUCCUUACCCAACAUCAUCGGCCUCUUUUCGCCCAUCCCACUCCGGUUCUUUUCCUACCCGUCGUUCAGGAGAUGGAAUACGACAUGCGCCCAGAUCUGGAGGUUUGGUCCGGGCCCGAGCCGGGACCUUUCGCAGCCCACCAAUUCAGAGAGGGCGAUCCGGAAGGCCCGCCGAAUGCGGUUGACGUCGGGUACGAUAAGCCGACCAAGCAGUGGUUUUUGAGAGGCGUUGCUGCUGAGUGAAGGAUGAAAGUCUGAACAAACGGGGGAGACGUGGUGGGAAACAUUGAGGAGCGGGUUGUCGGCAAACGAACUUGACAGCGUUGGCAGGUUACGGGUUUAGCUACACCGCUGGGUCGUUUUGGACAGUUUCUUGUAAGGUUUUGGAUCACGUUUUGGAUGUCUUGUGUUUUGAAUCGUAAUAUGAAUUUUUGGAAUGCCUCACAUCCGCGGAGCCCGAAAUAAACCAUUUGGGUUGGAUGGGCAACUGAUAAUGUUGCCGUGAUGGUCCCUAUGGUCGUAUGACAGGCCGGCCAAGAGGGGGAAGGGCGAGAGCGAGAGCGAGAUGAAGUCACGCCGCCGCCCAACUCCUCACCGCCCUGCUCGGCGCCGGCUACCAACACCAAUCCCGCUCCACGCAGGUCACCACCAUCCUCGGCAGCGUCCUCACGGUCCGCAGGGAGACGAUCGAGGAUAGGGAGAAAGAAAUCCAAUUUGACAAUCGGGC